AAAUUUUCUCUCUAGAAAAUGGUUCAUGAACCACUCUUACAAAGCUCACAAAACUCUCGAUAAAAGAAAAAAGGUUCACAGUGAAUAACCGAAGAAAAAUCACUCUCGUCUUGACGGCAAUUUUCUGGUUCGGCCGGAUACACAGGACCCACGGCUUUCUCCUUGCAAGAAAAAACUCACAGCUCACCUGUAAUUCUUCUUUCUAAUUUGUGCGGUAUAUAUAAAGAUGUCUGCCACCCAUUUUAGCUUAUCAAUCAUUAAUCACCUCCCAUUCCACCAAUCAAAUGGGCUUGUUAUGGGUUAAGCUUGCUUAAGGUUUAAGAAAAACAAAUGGGAUUUGGGUUGGGCUCCAAUUUUCUUCUAAGCAAUAUUAUAUACAAAAAGAAUGUGAAAUUUUCAUCUCAUUAAAAUAUUUUGGAGAGUGGAAAAUUGAGAGAAAGAUAUGCAAGGGAGGAGAAAAUGGGGAAAUUUCUACAUGUUUACAGGAACAGAUAUUCUAAGCUAGGAAAAAAAUGGGAACUUCAUUCGCAUUCACACUUACAGAGCAAAUUUGUAAUUCAAGUCGAUGGAAAAUUUUCCUCGUGGAAGCAGGUUCACAUAGACUAAUGAUUUGAAAAUGCAAAAUAUUACUUGCAUUAGGUUAAAGACAAUUCCUUUGGAGUCGGUGGCUGGGACCCAACAAAUAUGAGUAAAAUUAGUGACAUUUCCACUAUCUGCAGCAACCCAUCGUCCAAAAUUGCACCAACACUUGGGAAGAUAUCAUUCAGUCAAAUACAAGGACAAUACGAGAAAGAGACAGGAUGAUUCGUCAAAGCUUGAAUUUCAUCAACUGCAUAAAGUCAACGGAGUAGGUAUUAAUCAAAUUCACCACCUUCCUAGCAUCAGAGUCGGGCAAACCAAAUUUUAGGAGCACAAAUUGCAGGCAAUCCCCACUUUUUCUUCCUGUUGAUGGUAUCUUUUAUAUUUCCAGUUCUAUUUGUGCAAAGAGUAAAAUUUACAUGGCUUGUAUGAUUCCCCAUAUUCUCCUCUUGCUGCCUUUAGUGGUUUAUGCUCAAAGUAAUAGCAUGCUAAACGUUGGUAGCUUUCUUAUUGCCGGUGAUGCUUCUGCUUCUCCAUGGAUUUCUCCGGCCGAUCACUUUGCAUUUGGAUUUCGGGAAGUCGACGACGGGCUCUUCUUACUUUGUAUUUGGUACAAAAAAAUAGAUGAAAAAACUAUAGUUUGGUUUGCUCAACAUGAUCAAAAUCCAGUCCCAAAGGGUUCAAAGAUGGAAGUAACUGCUUCAGAUGGCUUAUUGCUUCAAAGCUCCCAAGGUGGAGAACCAUGGAAAUCAAGUCCCAUUUCAGGUGUGGUAGCCUUUGGUACAAUAUAUGAUACAGGAAAUCUGGUGCUUCUAGAUUCAAAUUCUAAUCCCUUAUGGGAGAGUUUCAAACAACCUGUGGACACUUUGCUUCCUACUCAAAAAAUGGAGGUAAAUGACUUUCUUUCUUCGCGCAAAUCACGAAAUACUCACUCAUUAGGGAAGUUCCAACUUCGGUUGUUUGAAGGUAAUCUUGUGCUCAAUAUCAGAAGUUUGCCCACCAUGUAUACUUAUGAACCUUACUAUGUCAUACAAUCCUCUGAGGGUAACCAAAUUGUCUUUGACGAAGAUGGUUUCUUGUAUAUAAUGCAAAGAAAUGGUAGGAGAGUAAAUAUUAGUGAACCAGAAAGAGGUUACCCAGCUGACACUCAUUAUUACCAAGUCACUCUCAAUUUUGAUGGUGUGAUCACUGUAAGUCACCAAACAAGGAAUCCCUCAGCUUUUAAUGCAACAUGGAUGGACUUUAAGAAGAUACCAAAUAAUAUAUGCGUUGCUAUGAGUGGAAACUUGAGUUCUGGAGUUUGUGGAUACAAUAGCAUCUGCACAUUAAACAAUGAUCAAAGGCCAAGUUGUAAGUGCCCACCUGGUUAUUCAUUAAUCGACCCGAACAAUAAGUAUGGUGACUGCAUGCCAAAUAUCCCGCAAAUAUGUGAAGGUGCGAAAAACUUAACCAAUGAUCUAUAUAGUCUACAAGAUCUUCCAAACACUGAUUGGCCAAUGCAUGAUUAUGAGUUACUCGGGCCUUUUACAUUUGAAGAGUGCAAGAAUGCUUGCUUGCUUGAUUGCUUCUGUGUAGUAGUUGUAUAUAGAGAUAAUAGUUGUUGGAAAAAGAGGCUACCACUCUCUAAUGGGAGGGAAGAUAGCAGUGAAAAAGCUGUUUCUUAUUUAAAACUAAGAAACACUAGUUCUAUUGGACAAGACUUUGAUCUUCCAAUAUCUAAAGGAAAGAACCAGAACACAUUAGUUAUUGUGCUUUCUAUAUUGCUUGGUAGCUCUCUAUUGAUCGUUCUCGUUUUGGUUAGUUUGAUAUCUCGAGGUUUCAUCUUCCACCACAGAAAGAAACAUGCAGGUGAUUUCCUACCGAGAGGAAGUUUUGGAACUAGUAUGCAGAAGUUUACAUUUAAAGAAGUUAGAGAUGCUACAAAUGGGUUUAAAGAAGAACUAGGACGAGGAUCUUGUGCCAUUGUUUACAAAGGGGUGAUUGAAGUUGGCCCUAUUGCUGUUAAGAAAUUCAACGAAGUGUCUGAAGAUAGUGAGGAAGAAUUCAAAACCGAAGUGAAUGUGGUUGGCCAAACACAUCACAAAAACAUUGUUCGACUAUUCGGAUGUUGUGAUGACAAUAAGAAUUGCAUUUUGAUUUAUGAGUUUAUGAGCAAUGGCAACCUAGCAAGCUUUCUUUUCGGUGAUACAAAGCUUAGUUGGGAUCUCAGAACCAAAAUAAUCUAUGGAAUAGCAAGAGGACUCUUGUACUUACACGACGAAUGCAACAUCCAAAUCAUCCAUUGCGAUAUAAAACCCCAAAAUGUACUUCUUGAUGAAGAUUACAAUCCCAAAAUUUCUGAUUUUGGAUUGGCAAAGCUAUUGAAAAUGGAUCAAAGUAGAAAUAGAAUUGAAACUAAUAUCAAAGGAACAACAGGGUAUAUUGCUCCAGAUUGGUUCAAGUCAACCCCAGUGACUACCAAGGUUGAUGUGUAUAGUUUUGGUGUCCUGCUGCUAGAAAUCAUAUGUUGCAGAAGAAAUGGAGAUAUGGAAGUUUCUGAAGAAGGAAGAGAAAUCUUGGUAGAUUGGGCCUAUGACUGCUUUCAGCAAGGAAGAUUAGAUGUUCUAGUUGAAGGAGAUUUGAAGGCCAUUGAUGAUAUGAGAAGGUUAGAAAGGUUUGUGAUGGUUGCAAUUUGGUGUAUUCAAGAGGACCCAUCUCAAAGACCCACAAUGAAACGGGUCAUUCCUAUGCUUGAAGGCAUAGUUCCUGUUUCUAUUCCUCCAAAUCCCUGCCCAUUCACCUCCUCCUGCUGAGAAGUUUCUUCUGUGCAAUUUGUACUAUAACUUCCUUAGUUCACUAUUCAGCAACAUGUUUACAGAACAAGAAGUAUAGUAUGUUUUGAAGAGAGAGAAAUGUCUUUGACUAAUUAAAAAUAGUUUCAAGUUUU